AUGUACGGAAGACUGUGGAUGUUGGACCUCGAGCUCAUACUGACUCAUAGGACAGCUUAUUCCCGCGUUUUGCACUCCUCCCCUUUGACCAGCUACGCUCCGCGGUCCAGAUUUGCCCGAGACUUUCCUCCUAAGUUGUCGGCCCUCGCAAUCGCUCUACCUCAGAGAAGCUACGCUACAGAAACCACAUCGACUGGGACUGACAGUGGACCUCCUCCGGGAUUCAACAUUGAUGAGGCUAAGAAACCAUUGCCAAAGGAGGGGGACAAGAAAUCAUCGUCAUCGACGGCAACCACCCCCUCCGUCUCAGAAUUAAAGAAGUCGGACGAGCAAUUACACGUCCCCAAGUCCGUCGCGACGGCCACUGCAAAGACCAGAGCGAUUGAAAAUGCCAGUAUGGGCGAGCUGGCAGCCGAAAAGGCCGCUUCCGCCCAGUCCGACAAGCAGCAUUCAGCUGAGGUGGCGGCCAAGAAGGAAGAGUCGAAGAAACUCACGCUUGGGCAGAAGAUCAAAAAGGAAAUUCAACAUUAUUGGGACGGCACCAAAUUGCUGGCUGCCGAGGUCAAAAUCUCGUCCAAGCUCGCUUUAAAAAUGGCUGCUGGGUAUGAGCUCAGCAGGCGGGAGAACAGACAGCUCCAAAGGACCGUCCAGGACUUGGGCCGUCUGGUCCCUUUCUCGGUUUUCGUCAUCGUCCCUUUCGCUGAACUCCUACUGCCGGUGGCGCUGAAGCUUUUCCCCAACCUACUUCCUUCGACAUACGAAGGCCAAAAGUCCCGCGAAACCAAGGCGGCUCAUCUGAGGGAAACCCGCAAGCAGGUCUCUUCCUUCCUCCGAAACACCCUGCGCGAGACCGGUUUGCCUGUCUCCGCCGUCAACGCAAAGAAAGAAGAGUUUACAGAAUUCUUCCGAAAAGUCCGUGCUACAGGAGAAUCGCCGUCGAAAGAAGACGUUAUCAAAGUGUGCAAGAUCUUCAAAGAUGAUUUGACCCUGGACAACCUCUCGAGACCACAGCUUGUGGGGAUGUGCAAGUAUAUGAACCUCAACACCUUUGGCACUGAUGCCAUGCUCCGGUAUCAGAUCCGUCACCGCAUGCGCCAGAUCAAGCGUGACGACAAGGCCAUCUCCUUUGAAGGCGUCGACUCACUAUCAGUGCCCGAACUGCAGAUGGCGUGUGCGUCCCGUGGCCUGCGUACCCACGGCAUGUCACCGGGCAAGCUCCGAGAAGACUUGCAAAUGUGGCUCGACCUGCGCCUGAAAUAUAACAUUCCCUCGACACUGUUGGUGCUCAGCAAUGCGUACAUGUACACUUCCGGCAAGGACAGCGAGAUCGACUCACAAAUCGACGCUCUGCAAGCCGUGCUGAGCAGCAUUCCCGAAGAGCUGUUCCACGAGAUCGAACUGGAGGUCCACAACGCCGAAGGUGCCGCUACGAAUAAACAGCGUCUUGAGGUCCUGAAGGAACAGCAAGAGCUCAUUGAAGAAGAGAAUGAGCAAGCCGAGUCGAGCAAGCAGACCACCGACAAGGGCGAAAAGAGCGCUGCCUCGACACCCAAGGAUGAUAAGGAUAUCGAUGAAAAGCCGAAGCCAAAGCCAGCUGAUUCUCAAAAGGAGACAAAGAAAGCAGACGCAAAGAGCGAGGCCCAGGAAGCCGAGGACGAUGUGACCGAGCAAGGCAAGCAAGAGCAGGAGCAAAAGACUUCGGAGGCCAAGAAGCAGUAG